AUGCGUACUGUUCGAGCUUCUUCCGUUCCUCUGCGCCGCGGUGGACACCCCGACACCCGCCGGGCUAGGGCUGGCUCCGCUCCGCCCGGCGGAGCGAAAAAUCUCGCCCGCGCGCUUUCUUCUUCACUGGACGAAGACACCAGACCCCGGGAGUCAUCCGGUGAGCCCUCACACUCCUUUUCUUCGUUGCCCCGAGCUGCCGCCGUUUGCGCGCAGCUCCACGUCACCACGUCGCCUACCAAGCGCCGCAAAGUUUCGCCCAGCAGCCCUGGAGAGGCAACCCACCACUCCGACACUUUCCUCUCCGCUGCGUUGCCACGCUCGCCAACCUCCUUCCACCCCUCGGCCACCUCGCCGGACUUGCCACCAUCCUACAUCCCUUCCCACCUGCAGUUCCCCGCGCCCGGGACUCCUUCGCACAGCCGCUCGCCCACGCCCGCGACCGCGACAGCUGGUUUGACGCUGGCGAGCGACCAGUCGGAUAUGAACAAGGACGCGCACGAGGCUGCCCCGAGCACCAACGGGGCCAGUCGAUCUCCCUCUCCCGGCGACAAGCGUCCGGCGUCCGAGAUUGACGACUCCGAGCCCGAGGGAGGCGUGAGGACCGCCGUCAGCAAUGGCGACCAGCGUCCCUCGAUCGACGAGCAGAUUGCUCGCGUGCAGGCCACCAUGGAGCCCGACCUCCGGGACCGCCAAAAGGGCUUCGUGGUCGCCAUGAGCUGGAUGAAGACCAUCCUGGCCCGCAGCUCCGCCUACGCCAACAAAGUCGACACCAACCCGCAAGACGACAGUGAGCUCGGCCCCGUCGACAACUCGGGCCUCGUCCUGGAUACGGGCCCCACCGCCGAGAAAUUCAAGGACGAGAAAGGGGAGCCCUUCGUCCCACUGCGUCCGGGCUUGAAGCCGUCCGAAGACUUCGAAGUCGUUCCGCAGGAGGGGUGGGAUCUGAUCCAAAAGUGGUAUGGGUUGGCCGAUCAAUCUCCGGUCAUCGUCCGAUAUGCGCACAAUGUCAACCCCCGCGGCGAGGACGAGCAUAUCGAGUACGAGAUCUACCCUCAAAUUUACACCAUCUACAAACUGGUCAAUCCGUCCGUCGGCUUCUCCCCCAAACUGUUGAAGGAGAAGACCCGUGCUCCAGUCAAGCUUCUGGCGCAUGCCAGCAAGAACUUCCAGAAGUGGCUGAAGGAAGCCAAGAAGGAUGCAGGCAUUGAGAAGUCGACCAAGGUCCGCGUAUGGAAAGUCGCUGGCGGCAUCCCCAGUGCCACCGCUUCAGCCGCAACAACCCCCGCCGUCUCCCGCACGGCCUCGCCUGCUCCGCCGUUGGGCCUCCUCGCAACAAGCAAGCACCUCAUCCUGGACCCCAACACUUUCCUCGAACUCGCCGAGGGCACCGAGCUGGAGCUUCUCGACGAGCAAGUCAAGGACCAAACCGACAACCCCAAGUACAACGGCAGUAUGACGAUGCGCAUGGCAGGCCUGGUGGGCACCGAAGUCGUCGUCUUGGAGGAGCAAGUGGGGUCGAAGAAUGGGAAAUGGGCCUCGGAGGUGGUUAAGCAAAAGCUCAAGAGCAAUGGUCUGCGUCCCGACAAGGCCAAGAAGGAACCAAGCGCACUCGCAACCAUCACACCGGCGGACAGUGCCCGAUCGACCCCGGUGCAACAGCAACAGGCCAAGGUCGAGCGCGUUCGCCCGCGAGGACCGCCCAUGGGCAAGACUGGAAUGGACAAUCUCGGCAACACCUGCUUCCUCAAUGCAGCCACCCAAUGCCUCCGCAAUGUCGAGGAGUUGACCUGCUACUUGUUGAGUGACAAGUUCAAACAGGAGCUCAAUUUCGACAACGCUCUCGGCUACCAUGGCGCGUGUGCCAGUGCGUAUGUCGAGCUGCUCGGAAAGAUCCACCGCCAGCCACCACCGUCCUCUGUGGUACCUCGACCUUUCCUCAAAACCAUGCUGAGGUGUUUUAACCAAUGGAUGGAAGCAAUGGCCCAGCACGAUAGCCAGGAAUUCCUGUUGGCUCUCAUGGAUGGCAUUGCCGAGGAUCUGAAUCGAAUCGUCGACAAGCCUUACAUCCCGAAAAGUGACUCGACGGACGAGAUGGUGACCAACCGCGAAGCGUUGGAGGAGUUCGCGGCCAAAACGUGGCAUGAAUACAAGGUCCGCAAUGAUUCGGUAAUUGUCGACCUGUUCGCUGGAAUGUACAAGUCGAGCUUGACCUGUCGCAACUGUGACAAAACCGUUAUCAACUUCGAACCGUUCCUCAACCUGACCCUUCCUAUCCCCUCCAAACAGGUCAUCUACCGGGAGGUCUUCGUGCAACCCGUUGAAAAGCCUCUGUUCAAGAUGCUUGUCGAAGUCGAUAUUUGGCAGCCCUUGCAUCAUCUAAGGGAUGAAGUUGCCAGACGCGCUGGACUCCAGAGCGAUCGGCUCGUUUGCACUGAACUAUACAGAAGUAUCUUCCAUCGGAUGCACCCCUUUGACCCGUCGCAGCGGGCUUUCGAUGUUCCUUACCAGGGAUUAAGAAUCGGUCAGAAGGACCAACUUCUUUUCACAGAACUCGACGGCCCGGUCAAAGAAAGCACCGUGAUUCCCGUGUUCAACCGUUUUCACUCGGGCGAGACCAAAAGUGGAAAGGCCAAGUUCGAGGCCUUUGGCAUUCCCUUCGUCAUUUCGAUUCGCGAGGACGAGUUUCGUGACGUUCAAGCGGUUUACAGCAGGGUGAUGAAGCAGGUGGCGACAAUGACCUCGCAGAACAUCCCAAAUGUGAAGGGGCUCGAGGUGGAUCAACCAGAGCAACUCUCUCCGUAUGGCGAUGCGCACCCACUGGCUGGCACCAUCUCCCGCACUCUUCUGAACCUUUUCGAUGUCAAAGUCGUAACAACCGUCAACACCUUCCCCACCGGCCGUGAGCUGGAUUCGACUCGCGAGUACCCAUCACUCACUCCCAGCACUCCGGCCCGAGCAGCCACGAAUGGAUCUGAGGAUGAAUCGGAGGCUUCCGCAGAGAGUGAUGCCGAUAGUGCGCACAACAGCGAGGCUGCCGAAACUCAGAGCCUAACUGACGAAGUGGAAGACGACUCGGUUCUCCCUAAGCAAGGUGAUGCCCUCGUUCUCGACUGGAAAGAUGACGUCCGAGAUGCCCUUUUCACAGGAGACGAGAAUGAUCCGAAAGAUAUUCGGGACAUGGUAACCUUCCUUGACCCCGAUCUCGUGUUCGAUAGCGACGUCAUGGAGGCUAAGGUCGCCUGGGAGCACCGGGAAGCCCACGGUAUGGGUCUGGACCAAUGUCUUUUCGAUUUUGGGAAGGAGGAGGUUCUUGACGAAGGCGAACAAUGGGAAUGUCCCCGAUGCAAGGAGAAAACGCGGGCACAGAGGAAGUUCGAUCUUUGGUCGAGUCCUGACAUCUUGGUUGUACACCUCAAACGUUUCUACCAGGUGACCAAGAAUUCGCAACGCAAGCUGCAAACGCUUAUCAAUUUCCCUCUUGAGGGAUUGGACAUGCGAAGGUAUAUCACCGGCCCGCAUAAUGGGAAGCCGCUGCUGUAUGAUCUCAUCGGAGUCGACAAUCAUAUGGGUUCCAUGUCCGGCGGUCACUACACGGCCUACUGCAAGAACUUCGAGGAUGGGCGCUGGUAUUCAUACAACGAUGGGUGUGUUGAUGACAUCGAAAAUUCCAAGCAACGAGUCGUGUCCCCAAGCGCAUACAUCCUGUUCUACCGCCGUCGAUCUUCCGAACCUCUUGGCGGGCCUGCUGUCAGUCAGGUCGUGAAGGCCUUCCGCAACCCCUCCGAGGUCGAUGAAGAGGCCGAGGGCGGUCCCUUUGCCGCUCAAAACGGCAUCUCGAAGAAGGCCCCUGAGCUGGAUGCUACCUUUUCCAGCUCCGACGAAGAAAGUGAUCACGAGCCCUCUACCCACCUCAACUACCUCGACUCCGAGCCCUCGUGGUCAUUUGGCCCGAUGACGGCCCCUAGUCGGCUCUCCGAUGAUGAACACGACCAAGCCGACGACAACAAUGACCUCUUCGAGGAGGACAGCAACGUUGCCGUCGGGUCCGACAACGGAGAUCGCCUGCAGGACCUGGACCAUCCAGGUCCUGCCUCUGACCACGACCUUUCCUUCGAGGAAGUUCCUCCGCUCCAGGAGGACGGGUCGGAGGAUGAGCUCCCCGUGAAGGAGCUCACGGUUGGCGACAACGAGAUGACGGACAUGUAG